UGGCGCUAGUAUCCAAUCAGCUGGUAGUGAUGGUAAAUGGUAACGUGUUGAUGUUGAUGUCAUGUUACCUUGAAAGUUUAUUUUGUUUAUGUUUUGUAAUUUUGAUAAAAUGAAAUAACUUGAGUCAUGUUUUCUACUAAAAAACGUUUAAUUGAACGUACUGGUUAUAAUAAUGUAGGUCGAUAUGAUUAUUUAAAAUUACUGGCUACGGAAUUUCAAACUUCAAAUUCAAAAGAGGCUAGAAAACAAGUACUGGCAAAUUUAUCAAAUUUUGCAUACGAUCCAGUUAAUUAUGACUACAUGCGACAAUUAAGAAUAGUUGAUUUAUUUUUACACGCUCUUUCGGAGUCUGAUAAGAUUUUUGUGCAAUUCGCUAUUGGAGGAAUAUGUAAUUUAUGUUUAGAUCCAAUAAAUAAAGAAUACAUAAUACGUAAUCAAGGCGUACAAUUAAUAAAACCACUUCUGUCAUCCGAUGAUGAGCAAUCAACAUUAUCUGCAAUCACAACAUUGAUGUUUCUAGUCACUGAUACAUCUAGAGAGCAAAUAAUCACACCAGAAUUAAUUAAUCAAUUAGUUUUCUUGUCUAAUUCAUCAAAUAACCGGAUUAAAAAUCUAGCAGUUAUUUUUCUGCAAGACCACUGCGGAUUUAAUGAGACAAAAACUUCUGCUAGCACAUCAGCUGAUCAAUAAAUUAAUCAAAAAUGUAUUUUCUAAAAUUAACCAGAAAAGUCAGUAAUUUACCCAGAAAAUUUACUAGAACUUUAAGUGAUUUCGUAGUCGAUAGAAAAUUUGAAACUGGCGAUAAGGUUUCGGUUGUAAGAAAAGUCACCGAG